AGUGGUACCCGAACCAAACCAGCAGCGUUAGGCACACGACACGUCCAAGAGAGUGCCGCCAAUUUGGAGAGCCCAGCUGCGCACAUUGGUGGUCGGAGAGCCUAAAGUCUAGUCUCGUUUGCAGCGGUCUGCAGAGUAUAUAAAGUGGACCAUCAGUAGCGAAAGGACUCACGGGCCCCCAGCAUUGUUGCCCGAUCCGAUUGUGUGCCCUGUGCUCUCUACCUACGGAGCCCCGUUUGGAAAGUCCAUCGGUGCCAGUACUCGUUGCGUAGCACGGAUUGCGUAGGCGAUCGCCCCUCCCGCAACUAGCCCAGCCGCGUAGGCGAUCUCACCCGUCGAUCUCACCAGGCGACGGCCCCUAUCGUCUAUCCCGACUCUGCCGUUCUGGAAUCGGCUGGGGAAGCGACGACCGCGUAGAUCCCGUGCGCAAGAGCCGCGCGUGAGGCGCUACGUAGCUCCUCGUGACAGGGGGCCGCCAACUUGCUCCGCUCCGCUCGUGACAGAGGAGGGCCAAUGGCUUCAACGGCAGCGGCAAGCCACGCGAUGCUGCCUGGGAACCUCUCGUGCGCGCCGUGCAGCAGCAGCCGCAGCGUCAGCGGCGCCACGCUAAACGCCAUUCUCGACUUCCCUCGUCCCUUGCGUCUCGCUAGUGGUCUCUCCCCUCUCCCCUCUUCUCCCUCCUCCCAACUCCUCUCACUCCGGCACAACUGCCGGCGGCCAUCCGUGUCAGCUGCCCGUGUCGAGCCCCCCAGCACACUCCCUGCCAGCGCUGCCAGCGCGAAAUGCAACGCCAGGCAGCUCCCUCUAACCGCCGCUGCUGCUGCAGCCGCUGUCGGCCUGCUGCUCCUUCCGAGCCUGCCCGCCGCGUAUGCAGUGGACGCACCUCCUGUCCCUCCCUCCACGUCCCUACCCGAGACAGUAGCAGCCGAGAAAUCACAGCAGCAGCAGCAGCAGCAGGGGUUGCAGGGCUUCUUCGGCUUGACUGCACCUGACGUUGUUAAUGCGCCAUCGUCCGCGGAGGCGGAAGCGCAGGCGGAGGCGGAGGAGGGAGAGUGGCGGUACAGCCGGUUCUUGACGGAGGUAGAUGCGGGGAAGGUCGCGUCUGUGGAGUUCAGCACCACAGGGAAAUCGCUCAUUGCCACUACCAAGGGCGGCGAUGAACACAGGGUGAUGAUCCCCACGUUCCAGGGGGUGUCCACGGACCUGGCGGAUACUCUGGCGCGCAAGGGCGUGGAGACGGGCGUGGACGCGGGGCUGGACCCCAAGGUGGCGCUGGCGCUGGAGAUCGUCUUUGACACCGUCCUGCCGCUGCUCAUCGCGUUUGGGCUGCCGUUUCUGCUGUUCAACCAGGCCAACCCGUUCGGGCCCAACGGACCCUUUGGGAGCUUCCUCAGCGGCAAGGGCAAAUUCCAGGAAGAGCCGGAGACCACGGUGCGCUUUGAUGACGUGGCAGGGGUGGACCAGGCCAAGCUGGAGCUGCAGGAGAUGGUCGAUUUCCUGCGCAACCCCUCCAAGUACACGGACCUGGGCGCCAAGAUCCCCAAGGGCUGUCUCUUGGCGGGUCCUCCCGGAUCCGGCAAGACGCUGCUGGCGCGUGCAGUGGCGGGGGAGGCGGGCGUGCCCUUCUUCUCCAUCGCUGCUUCCGAGUUCGUGGAGAUCUUCGUUGGGCUGGGGGCGUCCCGAGUCAGAGAGUUAUUCGAAAAGGCCAAGUCCAAGGCCCCCUGCAUCAUCUUCAUAGACGAGCUGGACGCUGUGGGGCGGCAGCGCGGGGGCGGCAUGGGGGGGGGCAACGACGAGCGGGAGCAGACGAUCAACCAGCUGCUGACGGAGAUGGACGGCUUCCAGGGCAACACCGGGGUCAUUGUGCUCGCUGCCACUAACCGACCCGAUGUGCUCGAUGCUGCUCUCACCCGACCGGGGAGGUUCGACCGGCAGGUGGUGGUGGACCGGCCAGACGUGAAGGGGCGAGUGAAGAUUCUCGAGGUGCACUCUCGAGGCAAGCGUCUGGACGCGAGCGUGGACCUGGAGAAGGUAGCCCGGCGCACGCCUGGCUUCACAGGCGCAGACCUGCAGAACCUUAUGAACGAGGCCGCCAUCCUCGCCGCCCGCAAGGACCGCCCUGCAAUCACCUCCGACGAGCUCUCGGACGCGCUCGAACGCAUCACCAUCGGGCCCGAGCGCCGCGCGGCGGUCGUUUCCCUGGAGAAGCAGCGGCUGGUGGCGUACCAUGAGGCGGGCCACGCGCUAGUGGCCUCGCUGCUCUCGGCGUUUGAUGACCCGGUGGAGAAAGUUACCAUUGUGCCAAGGGGCCCCGCCGGUGGGCUGACGUUUUUCGCGCCGAGUGAGGAGAGGCUGGAGAGUGGGUUGUACAGCCGGGCGUAUCUGGAGGCCCAACUGGCAGUGGCGCUGGGGGGAAGAGUGGCAGAGGAGAUUAUUUUUGGGCAGGAGAUGGUGACGACUGGGGCCAGCAACGACCUGCAGCAGGUGACCAGCAUAGCCCGUCGGAUGGUUGAGCAGUGGGGUUUCAGCUCAGCCGUGGGGCAGCUGGCGCUGGUGUCGGGGCGGGCCAACAACUUUUUGGGUGGCAGGGGCGGCGCGGGCAGCGAGGCAGAGUGCUCGCAGCAGACGAAGCUGAUGGUGGAUGGCGAGGUUCGGCGGCUAGUGAACACGGCAUAUAGGAAGGCCAAGAGCGCCCUGGAGGAGAAUAUUGGCCUGCUGCACAGAGUGGUGGAGGUGCUGCUGGAAAAGGAGAGCAUCAACGGGGAGGAGCUCCAGGCACUCAUCCUCGAAUCAAAGGCCAGCAUCUACACCUGAUCAUCAUGUCCCUCCCACCCAUGAGCCACAGUCCUGAGAAUGCUUCAAAUGCCGCUGUGAAGAACCAUGGGUUAGCCUGUCGUGUAGACACUGUAUGUCGUGCAGCAUAGCACAGCACUGCUCUGUACCCAACCGAGGCCCGUCCGCUUAGCUUCCUCUCAGUAGCGGAUGGUUUAUGCUUGAGGAGAGAGGCCCAGAAAUCACUGUCAAUGCCGAGGAGAGAGGCUCGGGGUCUCAUGCAAGAAAUGCAAAAACGUGGAGCCCGUAUCGCAUGAUGGAAAUGUUUCUCCAACGGAUGGCACUGCAGCAUCGUCAUUGUAUGCCUCAUGGUUGAAACCGUCUCUGCUAUUUUACGCUCUGGUGGUUUAUCCUCUGUGUUCAACUGGCUGGAAUGGGCUUUGGGGAAAUGUCCCAUCCAUCCCAUCACUCACCUCAACCUUCGU